UGUAUCCAUAAAUUCAUCAUUCUCUUCUCAUUAGAGUUUGAAUCCCCAGAGCCUUUUGAAUUCUCAGGUGGAUGGCGGUGUAGGAAUGAGAGCUGAUUGCAUACGGAUCAGGUGUCUGUCUCAACGGAGAGCCAUGUCUCGGUUGUUUACCUCAAAGUGACGACAAAAGCUGUGGCGAGAAGCCAUGUGAGAGACUGUGAUUCGGGGACGGUCAGAAAUUUCCUGGAGGAUGAUCGGCAUGGAGUUGGGCGUGUAGGACCAUCAAUUCAGGUAACUUCGUUACCAUUUGUUAUAGCUUAUUGAUAGGUUAGGUUUAGUGUGUAUAAUAUAAAGUUUGACCUGAAUGUCGAUAUAUUGAUGAAUCAGAAUGCUAAUUGUGAGUUGAAUUUAGUCUCAUUGCAGGAUCGAUAAUUGUAUAAAAAUUUAUUUGUCUCUCAUUUUGUCUUUAUAACUGCAAAAAGGGUGAUUUUGUUCAUCACUGGAUAUGAAGGUCUUUAUAUACAUUACAUGUUUAAGGAAAGGGAAGAAAAUUCUGGAGGAGAAAGGGAUCAGUUUGAAGCAUAAGCUCAACCCGAGUUUGAGCUUCCAAGCUUAUGGUAAAGUACUAGACAUUAAAGUCCUUGAGAUUCAAGCAAUUAUUGAUUUUGAUUCUUUGUCACACAUUGUUAUUGUGAAACUGUUUACAGGAAUUUUCAGAGAAGAGUAAAGAUUUAGAAGAAACUAUGUUUGUGUUCAGGACCAUUGGUGAAACAACAAGGAGUAUGACCUUAUGAGCUAGAGAGAAGGCUACACGAGCUCAUGGUGACAAGACAAAAAUAUGAGAUAAAAGAGAUGCAGACAGCAUUGGAAGAGGCUAAGAUAAGGCUUCAUGUGACAGAGGCUGAAGCUUCUUGGUGGAAAGUCACCGCAUAUAUAGUCUCUAAACGUAUCGUCUUCUAUAGUGGAACUGUUAUUGUUUAAUGGUUUACAGCAGGUUUCAGAUAGGAUUUAGAAGAAAGUAGGUUCAGACAUAUGUAUUCAGGGCCAUUGGAGGAACAAGGAGUGUGAUCUCAUGAGCUGGAGAGAAAGCAAUACGAGGACGAGGAGCAAUAUCAAAGCUGUGUGUGAGAUCGAACGGACGAGGAGCAAUAUCAAAGCUGCUGAGAUGCGUUUGGUCACUGCUAUGAAGAUGAAGGAAGCUGCUAGAGCGGCUGAAGCAGUUGCAAUAGCUGAAAUCAAAGAUGUCACCAGGAGAAGAAGAACAAGAAAGAUGUUGCAGGAGGAGAUUCCUGAGAAGAUAGAAGAAACGGCUCAAGAGAUUAAAAGCAACAGGAGGACGAUUGAGGAAGGUCUGGAGACAGUGAACUCCGCAAAAAUGAAAGCAGGAGAAGAAGAGACACAAUGGCAGUGGUCAGAACGUAGGAGGAGAUCAUCAUCUUACAAGGGCAAGUACAAGAACAGGAGAGAGACAGUUCUGAUGGAUGAAAACGGUCUGGAUAUGAUGAUGAAUGGAGACGGGACAGCGUCUUCAGUUACUGUCUUGAAACCAGCGACGUCUAUUGGGCAGAUACUGAGCAGGAAGGUACUUCUUGCGGAUGAGUCAGCGAUGAUGAUGAACGGGAGAGUGUCCUUGGGUCAGAUUCUUUGAAAGACUAAUGUGGAAGAAAGAAAUGGUGAAGGGAAGGAAAAAUAUAAGAGGGUCAAUGGGAAGAGGAAAAAGUUCGGAUUGGCUAAAUUAUCUGUGAUGUUGAACAAAGAGUGCAAGAAGAACAAGAAAAAGAAGGUAGCUUUGAAUUUAAACUAAUGAAGCGAGUGACUGAGUUUUUUGAAAAUGGUUAAAUCUCUUAUCUUAGGAACUGUUAUGUGUUUGUGUGUGUUAAGGAGAUAGCUAUUGGUUUAUCAUAGUAAAAUGUAGUGUCAUUUGUUUUUAAGAGUUUUCUAUAUUAUAAUGAGAGCAAUAAGAUUACAAAGCUAAAACUUACAUAGUCAUACAGUUCGAGAAAGUAUAUUCAAAAGAAGGGAAACUUCUAAACACAAAGGAGCAGUAUAAGUUUAUGAGAAGUGAGGAGAUAGACCGGCAUGUCUCCACGGCCGCCGUUCGACACAGAUGUCUGUGGUGGAAGAUAAAACUCGCAAUCAAAAAUUUAAUUAAAUACAAAAAUAAGGUUUAGAAACACAUAACAGUAAUAGUGUUGACGUUGAUUGUAUUUGUGGUGUAUGAAGUUGUGAAAACGGACCACAUAACAGUUAGAACAUAUUAGUUUAUUUUUCUUUUGGAAAUUGGAAGUAUAUGCAAAUCGCUUUUUUUCCUGCUUUUCUGACUACGAAAUGGAAAAUGAAUAGAAAUGCAACUUAAUCACACCUCGCCUAGGUUUAACACUCAAAAAAUUGAUUAUUUAUAAUAUGUAUAUACUUUGAAUUUAGUUUUAGUUUUUUUUAACAUAUUUUAUUUUAAAAUUAGUGAUUUAAAUAUUGCAAUUGCAAAAAUGAAUAUAUGAUUUGCAGUAACAGGAAAUAAUUUGUUUAAAAACAUAAUGAAAAUAUAGUAUUAGUUAUUAAUAUUUAAAUAAAAUACAUGACUGAAUAUUUUCUGUUAUUAUAUUUGAAGACUAAAUAAACAAUAUAUAUAUAUAUAUAUAUCAAAUAACCAAUUACGUGUUGUAAGAUAAAAUUUACACAUUAAUUUUAGAUUUUUUUAAAACAUUGGUUUUUUAUGUAUAAAUUAUUUAUUUUUAGAGAAUGUUACUGUAUUUUUUCCUGAUUUAUUAGACUAUCAUUUAUUUUAAAUAAGUUAUUUUAUACAUAUAAAACAUGUUAAAAUAAUUUUUUACUGUAACUUUAGAUUAAUCAAUGUUUAUUCACAAAAACAUGCAUAUUAUUUUUCGCAAUCAGAACAUAGUAGACGGAACUAGCGAACUUAGACAUUACUCUAUAUCUUGCUAAUAAAACCUUAUAAAUAAACACUUGACGGAAAAAAAACAUUACUCUCUCUCUUCAGAAAAUGUUUUGCAGGAAUGAACUUAGAUUUGGACUAAUAGUUUUGGUUUGAUGGUUCCUUUUUAAAAAGUGGGUUGUUUUGUGGAUGGAAUCUGUUAGAGCUACUAAAUUAUAGGUUUUCAUUUUGAUUUACUUAUUUUGGUAUUUCUUUUGUUCUGUUUUGUUUUUAGGGGAAGUUCACUACUGAACAUCUUUAAAUAAACCAACAACAAAACAAAUACUUUUACGGAAAAGUUAGCAGUCACUUUUUUGCUUCUUUGUAUUGUUUGUGUUCCAUUUAUGUUUUAUUACAGAUUUAGAAUUUAGUUUGGCUCAAAACCACAACACAAGUGGUUCUGGACUGUUUCUGACGAAGUCUAUCCGUCUUCUCCUUUGAUCACCAGCCCGAGCCAUUCUGAUUCUGCUGAGACCAAAAAUAAGAAUCAAUUAGCAUUGAGUUUAAGAUUUUGAAGUUAAAGGUACAAAACUUAAAGCAGAGAACCUCACUCUACUACUUCCAUUGUUAUCUCUAUAUCGCUCUCUUCUUUUUAUCAAACUUGCAUGAACUGAGGAACAUGAAAGCUGUCUAUAAACUAUAAACAUGUUUGAGAUAAAGUAAGAUUAUAUAAGGAAGAUGAAGUUUCUUUCAUGAUCAAAAUUUGAGUAUCGCUUUACUACGAAUAUAUUUAGAUUUAUAUUCUUUAAUAGUAUAGAUAAAAAAAUUAUUACAAAUAGAAACAUAUGCAAUUUUCUUAAAAAAACAUCCAUAUAAAUACCCUAUUAGACAAGAGUAUGCUGCACUAAAAUAAUGUAAAACUCAUUGAUUGUUUGGUCAAUAAGAUAUUGCUAAGCAAAUACAUACAUAACAAAACCAAAAGAAAAUUGCUCCAACAAUAUCCGACUACUCAAAAACGUUACAUGCAAUUGACAAGCCCAUACAAGACCUGAAGACCACAUUAACAAAAGUAAUAGCCCAGUGUCUCUGAUCUCCCUAUAAAAUACAGCCGACAUACGUUCGAAAAUAUUACAUGUGUAACGACUUGAAAUCACCACCUCUUUCAAAUAUUCCAUACAGAAACAGUCAACACGACAUGAAACUAGACAAUACCUAAAAACAAUGCUUUUACAAUUCUGUUCAAAUGGAAAGGACACGUAAUCCAAAUCCCGCGCGUAGCGCGGAUUGACCCUAGUUCAAAUAAUAAUGAGAUUAUAUUUGUUACGGGGUUGCAAUUUUGUAUCUAGUUUACCAAACUUUAAAAGGGAGUUUUUCAAAACCAACCCAUAUUUUCAAGUCAAACCUAAAACUAACCCUUUUUUUUUUGCCAUUACUAUUCAUCAAUGAAUUUUCCAAACUAUCUUUAUGUUUUUGAAAUAUUUACAAAAUUGCUAUUAUUAUUUAAUUUUUUAAUUAUUUCGAAAAUGACCAAAAACCAAUUACACCCUAAACAUUUCUUCUUAUUUACAACAAUACCAUUAUCAUCAAUUUUGCAACCACCAUGAACUAUCAUUUUUGAGCUUAUAAAAGCUCAAGAACUCAAUUUCUAACCACUUUUUUCUCUUUCUAAACCAACAAAUCUACAUUUCAUCUCAUUUUCUCUCCAUUUUCAUCUAAAAAUCUCUCAUAGAUUUCAUUUUCAUAAGCACAACUUUCAUAUUUUCGAGUUUAUUCAGUUGUGAAUCAUCAAAGAUGCUAUUUUUUGCUCAUAUUUGGAGCUUGGAUAGUGGAAAAGGGUGGAAACGUGCUUUGCACCAGAAAAAGGUAACUGUUUACAUGGUUUUCGUCAUUUUUCAGAUCUGUGUCACGAUUGUAGACUGUUUUGUAUGUCUACACAGUGGCGUAGACUUACGAUGCGGUCUACUUGUCAAUGCUUAGGUUAGUUUUGCAAUUGACCAAAAUAAUUUUUUUUGUAAAGAAGACUUCCUUAGAAGUCUACAUCUUUUCCUUUGAAAACAAAAACAAAAAAAUAGGUAAACUUACUAAGAGGUCUACGUAAAAGAGGUUAGUUUUGCAUUUGACUGAACUUUUGACUUUUCAAAGUAGACUUCAUUAGCAGUCUAUAUUCUGGAGAUUAUUAAGGAAAUCUACAAAAUGUUAGUUUUGCAUUUGACCAAAACUUUGACUUCGUUGAAUAGGUUAUUUUUGUAUUUGACUAAAAUGUUAAAAAAUUGACCGAAAGAAAAAAGAAAUGUAGACUUCAUAUUCAGUCUACUCUUCUCGGAAAAAAAAAAUAGACUGCAUAUGAAGUCUACUUUUUUAUUUUGGUCAAAUGCAAAACUAACCUGUCGGAUUUGAGAGUAGACUUUAUGUGAAGUCUACACAUGUGUAGACGUUAAUUUCAAUUUACUCAUGGAAAGUCAAACUUGGUCAAUUGCAAAAACUAACCUAUUC